ACUUAAAAAACUUUAGCUAGUCAAAUUUCAAUGGUCAGGCGGUGUAUUUGUUGUUGUAUACGAUUACGGAGGAAGCAAACAAAGAAUACAACAAAGAUAGUCCUUAGAUUGUCUACAUCUACAAAGUUAUUACUCCUAAGUCUAUUAGCAAAAUCCCUCUCCCUGUCCCUCUUCCUCUGCCUUAGAGAUAUUCUUCUUUCUUUAGAUUAUCAUUCCCUUCUUUUGUACCAAGUUUCCUUUCUUUUUCGUCAACAUUAUACAUUAGCAAUAGGUGUAAACAUAAUUCUUCUAUAGAGUAUUAAAAAGAUAACCUUUUGGAUAUCUUUUUCUUUUGGUUUUCUAAAAAAAGGAAUAAGAAAAUGGAUGGGCUUGGGAAUGGGAUAUCAAAGGAAGCAGAGAGGUCAAUUACAGCAUCCUCAAUGUUUCCAGGGUUUAGAUUCAGCCCAACAGAUGAAGAACUGAUUUUGUAUUAUCUCAAAAAGAAGCUGGACGGCUAUGAUAAAUGCGUUGAAGUCAUCGCUGAACUCGACAUCUGUAGAUAUGAACCUUGGGACUUGCCUUCCAAGGCUGUAAUAAAAUCCGAUCAGGAGUGGUUUUUUUUUUCCCCUCGAGGUAAAAAAUAUCCAAACGGCUCACAAAGUAAGAGGGCAACAGAGAUUGGUUACUGGAAAGCAACUGGGAAGGAGCGUGCAGUAAAAUCUGGUUCAAAUAUUAUAGGUACAAAACGGACAUUAGUAUUCCAUAUCGGUCGUGCACCAAAAGGGGAGAGGACUGAGUGGAUAAUGCAUGAGUAUUGUGUGAGUGGAAAGGGUCAGGAUGCACUGGUGGUAUGCCGCCUGAGAAGGAAGUGUGACUACCAUGCCGUGGAUGGUGCAAAUGGACGGGACACUCAAUCACAGUCUCCAGAUCCUUCAGUAUUGAUGGCUAGUAGUGGGACAUAUUCAGGUUGUGAUGGGGAGCUCAAUAAUAGAAUGUACCCUACCAGGGACAAGAUGGCUGAAUGUUCUGCGAAAAGGUCAAGCAGCAGUCAUGAUUCUUAUUCUAUAGAGCAAAUGGAUACAUCCUCUCAGUCAGACUUAAAGGCCAAAGAUGAAACUGUACUACAACCAGAUCAAUCUACAAGCCAUCAUGUUCCCAACGAAUUCGAAGAUGACCUAUUUGCCGAGAUAUUGAAGGAUAACAUUGUUCAAUUGGAUGAGUGUCUACCCCCUUCGUCUUCUACAGUUGGUGUCCAACCUGUUACCGUAAGCAAUACAAGUAGUGAGCCUAUAAAUAUUAUGCCUCGCUUGAAUAGAAAUCCUCCACAUCAUCAAUCUGUUGGUCCACAAGUAUAUCCUUCUCAAGGAACUGCAAAUAGAAGAAUAAGGCUAAGGAACCUAAGAAAAAUUAGUCCUCGCAAGGAAGGGGUGGAGGAAGGUUUCGGUGAAAUUAUAGUAGGAAGUUCCAAGUUGAAGAAAUUUUCAAAUGCUUCUUAUCAGAGAAGAGGAUGGAUGAGGCUACCUAAGAAUCGUUGUCGGUUAUGUGUUGUGCUGAUUAGUGUGGCACUGGCCAUUUUGAUAGUGGCAUAUGCUCAACUGUGCCGAUAUCAUACUUUCUAAUAAGCAAUCGAUGAAACAGUUUCUUAAAACAGGCUUCUAAAAUAGUACCUUAGCCUUGGUACAUAUAGGUGUAUCUAUUUCUAUUUUUAUUCUAUAUAGCAUCUUCAGUUCUCAAGAAGCUUAUAUUCUGUACGCAUAGUCUUUUCCUUUCCAUCACCUUUUGGCAUAUAUUAUUCUUUUCCUUUCCAUCACCUUUUGGCAUACAUUAGUCUUUUCCUUUCCAUCACCUUUUGGCAUGCAUUAGUCUUCUUAUUUUCAUCACCUUUUGGCAUGCAUAAUAUUAUAUAUAUGCACAUCCACAUUCAAUUGGAUGUAUAACUUCAAAAUGAGUUUUUGUUAGUUCAAUUUUUUUCCUCAUCCACUUCAAGUUCUUCAUCUUCUGAUGAAAGGAAUGAACUAAUAGAUGAUAUGGUUAAUUUUGCCUUUCAAUAUGCUAUUCCUCGUACUGUUUCAACAUUACAACCAAGGGUGAGAAAAAAAAAUGUCGAAUUCAAAGAGACCAUUGAAAAGGUUAUUCCUAACUAUUUAAUGACUAUUUUGCUGAAAAUCCUACAUAUUCUUCUCGAUUGUUUCAACGUAGGUUUAGGAUGAGGAAAAAUAUAUUUUUACGGAUAAUGGAAGCUGUCUCCAACAACGAUCCAUGGUUCACUUCCAACAUUGAUGCAACUGGUAAAAAAGGUCUAAAUGCUUUACAAAAGUGUAUUGCAGCUCUUCGUAUGCUUUACAAAAAAAAUGUGGAAUUCAAAGAACUCCUCACAUUCAAAGAUUGUGACUGAUCUUACUUGUCCACACUGCGCUGGUCCUCUUUCAAAAGAGAUGUAAUGCCAACUGUUCGUAAGUGGGUGAAAGGGCCGAUGUGGUUACAUUUCCUUAUAGGAGGUAUUCUUGUUCUCUGGCCUCUUUGCACUCUUUUCCUUUUGCUCUUAUACUUGAGUUUCUCUGAUGACUCUGUAAGAAUGAUAACUGCAAGCCAAAUUUUACUUCAUUGAUUUUUUUGGAGGUCUAAAAAGUCAAUCUCACUUAAUUUUAUUGUGGUGACUGGUUAGUAUAAGCAUUUUUUUUUUUUGGAGUACAAUGUCGUGUGAAUCAUUUUUUGGGUGGGAUCUCAUUUAAAUUUAUUGUACCGAGCAUAAUUGGGACCUAUGAGCACCAAUGGAUGAUAUAUUGCCUAGUCCCUAUGUUUUAAAGCUUUAGGCUCGAUGAUCACAUAUAGGCAAACAAACCUUCAAGGAAGCCAAAUAACAUGCUAGGCUACAAUAGCAACUUAGGGAACCUAAGAAAAGGAAAUUUCAAAGGCAAUGACAAUAUUAAAAAAAAUUUACGCGUCACAUGAUCGCAUCAGCUCUUUUUAGUUUCACAUCUAGCCGCAUGGUAGACACAAUGGAUGGGAACAAUUGGUUUGGGUGCUUAUGAAUGCAUUAAUUCCAAAUGGAAUAGGCAAAUCUGAUUCAGGAGAACGAGUAGUGUUUAUGAUUUGUUCUUUUCUCUUGGAAAAUUCUUAUUACAGUUUCCUUCAUUUCACAAUCAAGAAGAGCAUUCUUGAUGCUUGAAUAAUACAUGUGAAAGUGUCUACCUAUUUUAGUGCUAACAUAGGUGGGUACACUUUAUAGUUUAAUAACAAGGCUGAGGUAUCUCAAACUAAUAUUCCAUUCAACUCCUCCGAGAAGCAUAGUUACUUCACCGUCUAUAUUUUUGGAGGUUAAAAGUACUUGUGAACUUGGUAAGAGUCUUCUCUCAUAGUUGCAUAUUUGCAUAUGCAUAAAACCUACUGUAUCUUGGACUGGCAUAUUUGUGUAAAUACCUGCACGUGCUAGCUGUUAUUUUUUAUGGAUUUCGGAGGAGCUUAAUUAGCCAAUAACCGCUGAUCGAGAAUCUGUGCUCAUGUAACUAGUAGGCAAACUUCAGUUGAGCUGAUUUCUCCUUUUGACAUAUUAAUAAGAUUGGUAUAACUGUAGCUAAUCUCUGUAUUGCAAGGUUCCACUCGUAAGUUAUAACUGAAAUGCAGAGUGAUUUAAAUGGAAAGUUAUUAAAAUAUAUUAUGUAUGCUAUUGUUUUCAGGCACCGCCAGUGAUAGUUUUCUCAUCUGCUUGUGCUGGAUUGGCAGAUCAGCUCUCUCUCCUUUUCAAACUAACAAGCACAUCAAAUUACUUCACACGUACACAUGAAAUGACAAAUUUUUGCUGUUCGAAUAUUUUUAAUCUAAUUGGUCUUAAUUUGCAUCAACAUCUCUUCACACUUUUCAAGUCUUCCAUGCUUUUUAAUGAGCAUGAAUGGUUGUUCGAAACAUCAAGAAUUGCCACACAUUUGCAGCUUCAUCGAAUAUAUAUCAAUAGCUUUGUAUUAAACUGGUUAGACAAUACACAGUCUCUUCUUGGGAAGCCUUCUAUUGUGGUUGGAUAUGUAUCUUGAUCCAUAUAAGAAAACUUCGAGUUCUUCAUUCUUUGGUGGGUUUUCUUGACUUUGUGCGGGGUCUUUAUUUUUUUAGGAGGCGCAGUUCCAGCUGUAGCUCAAAUUGCAUCUUCAUCCUAUCAUGCUGCCACGUUAUCUUCAUCACAUCCUUCUCAGGACGAGAAGACACCCAAAUCGAGGACUUCCACAACGUUGUAGUAUACGCUGGAUUGAGGGAAGGGUGAAAAAGCUUCUAGCAUGAGUUGGGCGUCAAACACUCAGCAGGGUCGGGAAUUUUCUUUGAGCUGACCAUCUCUAAGACGAUGCUCAUUUUUUGUCAGGUUUGUUAUUGUACUUUGUAGUAAUCAUGAGCCACCUUCUUACAUUUUGUGUAUGCAUAUUUGAAAGCUUGAGGAAGAAAGACACCCAGAAUCUCUAAAUCUUUUGGCUCGUUACUAAAUCAAGAGAGGGAAUUUUCGUAGCUCUUUAGUUGAUCCAAAACCUAAAGUUUUUGAGUGCCGGAAACUCCAAGAAGGCCUUCGGUUCUACUAACGGAUGUUUUGGGAUUAUAUGGUUUUUUCAUUGUGCUAUAGAAGUGAUAUCGAAACAAAUAUUGUAUAUACUUGUUUUGAAUUUUGCUUGUCAAAAGUUAUUGAAUUUAGUGAUCAAUAUGAUGCAGUUUAAUCUCAGAA